AUGGCAAGUGAGGAGGAGAGUGUUCUUGCCUUAGUGCAUUGCUCUGGAAAAAUUAAAAAAAGCAAAAGCCAUGGUGUAAAGUUCACAGACAAAGAACCAUUGAGUGUGUUCAUCAGUUCGUCAAGCACUUUGUCAGAUCUAAAGAACAGCAUCUUGCAGAAGCUUGGCGUCUUUGGUACGAAGUGGGUGAAGAAGCUAUUCUACAAGAUUCCCAUCGCAGUUGUCUCGAUGGGUGUUCAGUAUGAUACCUUUAUGCUAGCGGCUGAUGAAGAUAUUAGGGUUCUGUUCCAUUGUGUUAGGAGUUUUCCAGAGAUCCGAAUUCACGAGUUGUUUGCGAAGUUGGAGGUUGGUGUCGAUAGUUCUGGGGCAUCAGCUCCAUUUCAUAGCUCGACUGCCGCGGGAGGUGCGUCUAGUUCGAUGCCUGCGGUCAGACCGUAUCUUCCGCCGGUGGGUUCCCCUAUGUUCGCGGCUGAUUUAGAGCGAACGGUAGUUGUUGGUGCUGUACAGUUGGAGAAUGAAGGAAUCUUUGAGCAGCCUGAUGUCGUGGGCACCGGUGGUUGCCAAUUACCUUAUAUGGAAGGCUUUGGUGAACCUGAUAGAGUAGAGAAUGCAAUGUGUGACGAUGACUCUGACCAGGAGCCUGUCGAUAUCAUCGGGGACAGCGACGAUGACACAGGUGCCAAUCCACAUGCGAAGUAUGGGCCUUCAAGUUCUGCUUCUCAACAGUAUCCUCCACACUUCUCCACACUAAACUUGGAGGUUCUUGGUCAACAGGAGGACGGUGGUAACACGGUCGGGGGCUCUUCUAUAGAAUUUCAGAUUGGGCAAUCUUUCCAGAAUAAAGAUGAGGUUGUGCUGAGUGUGAAGGACUAUAGCAUCUGGCGAGGUGUUGAGUACAGAGUCAUCGAAUCAGAUCAUCUGAAGUAUCAUGGAAAAUGCAAGCAAUUCGGCAAGGGUUGUACUUGGUUGAUUCGCGUUGCGCUGCGUGCACGAAAGGGCACUUGGGAAUUUAGGAGGUACAACGGGCCACACACAUGCUUGGCAACCUUUAUUUCCAGUGAUCACCGUCAGUUGGAUUACCACGUUAUCUGUGCGAGGAUUCUUCCGUUGGUUAGGGCAGAUGCUGCAGUUACGGUAAAGGUACUGCAAUAA